GUCGGCGCGCGCUUCUAUGCGUGUGGCGUGACGUCACGGUCUCGCGAGAUGAGGCUUGUGACGUGUGGGUUCGCGGUCCGGAAGGAGCGAGAAGCGGUCGGGGCUGCGUUCAGGAAAUCGUGACGGUACCGAGGAAAGCGGGAGCAAUAAGGUCUCGUUUGCAGGAGGGAAUGGCCGAGGUCCCACUUUAUGACAAGAUCAAUGAAGAUUCUCAGGGGGACACAGAACCCAACAGCCUCCUGCAGAAACUGCGCAACAAGAUCACAAAGUCAGUGCAGACCAAAGUGGAUAACAUUCUGCAGGAUGUACAGAAACUGACAGAUUAUGACAAACUGUACCUGUAUCUGCAACUCCCUGCAGGACCCAGCGCCCCAGAGAAAAGUCUGGACAUUGGAAGUGUGAACACGGCAGAACACAUGCACGCCUGCACCUGGAUCCGAAAUCACCUGGAGGAGCACACGGACACCUGUCUCCCCAAGCAGGACGUCUAUGAUGCCUACGAGAGGUAUUGUGACAACCUUCAUGGACGCCCGCUGAGCGUGGCCAACUUCGGCAAGAUAAUCCGGGAGAUAUUCCCUAAUAUCAAGGCCCGGCGACUGGGAGGAAGAGGCCAGUCUAAAUAUUGUUACAGUGGGCUGCGCAGGAAAAGUCUGGUGAGCUUACAACCCUUACCCAGCCUGGACCUGAAAGUGACAGAGAGUUCUGAGCUCACCGACUUUGUGCAGUCGUACAACAACGACGUGAUCAACGCCUCCAGCACUCUCAUCUGCAGCUGGGCUGAGAAGACCCUCCAUCGCUCCUUCAACAACAUCGUGGAAUUGUCUCAGUUCCUCAUCAAGAACCACCACUUUAACCCCCGCAGCGCCAAUGCAGAACUGGUCCUGUCCGUGGUGCUUUCAGAGAACGCCCCGGGCAGUGUACAGAAAACCCAGAAGCCUGCGGACGGGGAGAAGGGGGCCGACUCUCCUGACGGGGGCACUGAUGCCGGCACCAAGAGCAAGAGUCCUAAUGUGGGCAGUGCCCAACAGUCUGUGAAGAAACGUCCCCCUGAACCCCAGAAGCCAGUCAAUAGCCCCCAAGUUGAUGCUUUGAUGGCUAAAAACCGGCCUGUCCGGCCACGACCGACAUCUGAGACGAUUCCAAUAUCAGUGGCCCCUUCAGUGUUGGCAUCAAAUCUAAUUCCCGGCUCCUUGCCCUGUGCAGCUGUCCCCGUGACCACAGGAAUAAACGGGACCGGUCUAAUGUCUCCACUUAUCAUGUUCCAACCAGAUCUGGUCAGGUUGGAGACUCCGCCCACCCCUAAAGCCCCUCAUAACCGCACCAGAGAAAGAGCAGCCGGAGGAGGGGAAACGAAGGCGCCUAAGCGGCGGGGAGAGGCGGAGCCUGCAGCAGGUGCCACCGUCAAACGGAAGCGCGGUCGACCAAGAAAAGUUGCAUCUACCAAUAACGACUCGGCUCAGACAGGGGCCCCGAGCGGGUUCAGCACAGAGAAAGCUGCUGAAAGAGGGUCCAGCUCAAUUCCAAAUGAAGCCCCUGGCCAGGACACUCUGCAAUGUGCAGUCCCAGAACUCGACACUGGGGGAGCUCUGCCCACAGCAACACUUUCCAACACAGAGGGGAGUGUAAGGGGAGAGACCAUAAACUCUUCAGCUCCGCCGCCAUCAGCAGAACUGCAGGACCCCGCAAUGAGCCUGGCAGGGAGUGCCCCCAUUCAGGUGAGUGUCAUUACAGAUGCCAGGCACAGUGUGGCCUUCUGGACUGUGAUGGAAGAAGAUGCCAACAAGAGGCUUAUCCCCCCCAAAGAAGAACAUAAUAGAGGGUGGCCACCAGAGAAGGUUCAGCCCCUGCCUGAACAGUGAGCUCACACUCUAGAGACACCCCAGUGACCAGAUGUCUGCCCCAAUCAGCUCUGGCUGGAAACAGCCAUAAGCCAUCAUCCGAGUUGUUUUCCUUGUAAAGUGUCCUCUUUAAAUAUUUAAUACAAACCCUCCAUCCCCGUUAUCCCUGCCAGCGAGGGGGGUGGAGGGCAAGACAGGCACUGGCACAGGGCGAGAGCAUUGCCAUGUUUUAAUUAGUCUAAUUAGUCUAAACGAAAACUAGGGCUUAGAUAAUUAUGUAAAUACUUGUACAUUUCAUGGGAUUGUCAAAUGGAAAUGAUACCCCAAAUGUCUCACUUGCAGUAACCGAAAGAACCCAACGUGUCCUGGGCAUGAGAGCGGGCACACUUGCACUACAGCGCUGCUACUGACUUCCUGGGAGAAGAGACAGUUCUUGGAACAACGCGUUUCACUUCCUCUUGUGACUCUCACGCUGGGCAAUCAGAUGUCAGCUGAGCCGGCAGUACAGGACACGGCAAGUCAGGAGUAGAAAGAGCAGUUCUCCUCUGUUUCCCUUGCUGCAAGUUGCCAGGGGCUUCCUGUUUUUAAAGGGGACAUUUUA